CCUUGAACCCUGGAUGUGGUUGAGCCAACCGAUCUCUGUCGAGGUCCACCGUGUGCACAACUAUGGUUUGUCCGUAGAUUUCAGGACUACCGCCUUUGAUCCCCGAUCCGAUCUUUUCCCCUUCUCAUUCAUGUCUUAAGAUAUACCUAUCAUACAGUUGCCUACUUGAGCAUUGCAUCUGGAGUUUUGGUUUCAUAGAUUUGAUACUAUUACUCUUAUUAUUAUAGAUUCUAUAUAUAUAUAUAUCAAUUCCCUCCACCGUCAAAAUGCACGAAGUGUCCCAUAUGGGCUCUCGUGCCUUCAACCACGAGCAAAGCAGUGAUGCAGAAGCCGAAUACGAUCGCCUCCGCGACCUAGCCCGCCAGGAGGCCCAGAAGCGCGGUUCAUGUUUCCAACGGUCUCAAGAAGCGUACGCCGACGGUGAUGGCGCAAAGGCCAAGGAAUUAUCCGAGCAGGGCAAAGCCCACGGCCGCAAGAUGGAGGAGUACAAUAAGCAGGCAUCUGAAUUCAUCUUUCGCGAGAACAAUGCCAACGGGCGUGUGGCGCCCGAUACCAUCGACCUGCAUGGACAAUUCGUAGAAGAGGCGGAGGAGAUACUUGAGGAGCGGAUUAAAUAUGCUAAGGCGCAUGGCCAGACCCAUCUGCAUGUCAUUGUCGGCAAAGGCAAUCACUCUGCCAACCACGUUCAGAAGAUCAAACCUCGCGUGGAGCAAGUCUGUCGCGAACUCGGUCUCCAGUAUGCGACGGAAGAAAAUGCAGGACGUAUCUACGUCAAUCUUACCGGCGGGCCGGCUGAUAUGUCUGAGGCUCCGCUGCACUCUGGUUAUGGCCAGUCUCAUAGCCAGUAUCCUGGCCAGCAGCAACAGCAACAUCAUCAUCAACAACAGCAGCAACAGCAACAACAGGCUGAUCCCGUCGAGCAGAUGGUCAACGCGAUUCUUCCACGUGUGUUGCGCAAGCUGGAAAAGGCUUGUUGCUUGGUUAUGUAAAUUUUAGGGGACUGAUCGGCACUCACUUAUGUUCUUGGUUCCCGGGCUGUGAAGGAUCAGGUAACUUUUGAUUAAUUUUAUGGAUAUAUAGUCUUGCAGGGGACGAAAUUACCUGCCUUACGACUGGGAUAUUCACACAAAGUUUGGAUUGAUAUACCCAGGGUGCUUAGAUUUUUGCUUUAUGAAUCAGUUUAAACCAGUUUACCGAAUGUUAUAUUUUCACUAA